AUGUCUCUCGCAGAUAAUUUUGCCAGCCUUAAGGUGGCUGAAAACCUCUCGAACGAGGAGCUUGCCUUGUGCGAUCAAUGGGUGACGCUCAGUAGCCGUAUCGAGGAGAAUCUGACCGAGCUGAACGACUCGCUGAGGUCAAAGACCUACAUUAUUGGUUCGAAGCCAUCGAAGGCAGACGCCGCCGUUUUCGAGCGCGUUUUCCCACUCGCGCAGAAGUGGACCUCUGUGGAGGACUUGGCCAAGUACAGACACAUUGUCAGAUGGAUUGAUCUGAUCCAAAACCAGAUUGGCGUUGAAAACAAGCUCAAGAUCGAUUUCUCUGUCGAGCUGCCAAGAGAGGUGAAAGAAAAGAAGAAGAAGGACGCUAAGGACUCCAAGGACGAGCAGAAAAGCAAACCCAAGGAACAGCCAAAAGAGCAGCCGAAGAAAGGAAAACCAACCGAUGAAGCUUCUCUUGCUGCUGCCAAAGCUGCUAAAGAGGCCAAGAAGGCCGCUAAGGCCAAAGCUAAAGCCGAGGCUGAAGCUGCCAAGCCUGCUGCUGCUGGCCCAGACCCUUCGAUGGUGGAUUUCAGAGUUGGAUUCAUCGAGAAGGCAAUCAAACACCCUGACGCGGACGCCCUGUAUGUCUCUACCAUUCACAUGGGCGAUGAGGAGGGCCCAAGAACCGUUUGCUCUGGUCUGGUGAAAUAUUAUCCCCUGGAGGCCAUGCAGCAGAGAUACGUGGUGGUGAUUGCCAACCUGAAGCCGGUCACAAUGAGAGGAAUCAAGUCGUCUGCGAUGGUUCUCUGUGCCUCUGAGGGUGAGACCGUGGAGUUUAUCAACCCACCGGAGGGGUCCAAGGCCGGAGACAAGGUUUUCUUUGAAGGUUUCGACGGCACUCCAGAAAAGCAGCUCAACCCUAAAAAGAAGAUCUUUGAGCAGGUGCAACCUAAUUUCAGCACCAAUGACAAACUCGAGGUGAUCUAUAGGCAAGAAGGGAAGCCGGACGCCAGAUUGGUCACCAAGGACGGCAAGGUCUGUAAGGCCGCCUCUCUUGUUGGUGCUACCGUGAGAUAA